AUGAUGAAAGGUCUCAGAUUUAGUCAGACUCUGUUUUCAGGGCCGGCGAAAUCAAUGCGAUUGCCACGGAAAAGCCGAGCUUACAGCUCAUCGGCAUAUGAAGUUUUUGACAGAAAUAUCAAGACUGUACAGAGAAAUCGAGCUGCAAGGAACAUUGAGGGAUCAAGAAAUGUCGAAUAUAUCAAGGACGAAAUAGCACUUCGAACAGCAGAGAGAUUGGCAUUUAUCUCACGGAAUUUUGAAAAUGUUCUUGAUCUUGGAAGUGGGGCUGGAAAUUUAGAAAAAAUUAUCUGUGAUCCAAACACCCCAGACUCUGAUCUGAUCCAGAGUAGACUGGGUGAAGUUACAAUGCUCGACAGUUCGGAGAACAUGCUGUUUCGAGACUCCGAUCCAACACAAUAUCCAUUUAAUAGUAAACUAUCAGUGAAACGGGUGGUGGCAGAUGAAGAAACAUUUGAACAUCCAGUUUUUCAACCAAACACAUUUGAUGCAGUUCUGUCAUCAAUGAGCAUGCAUUGGAUCAAUGACUUACCAGGAGUUCUUAAAGGGAUCGAACGAAUUCUCAAACCAGAUGGCAUGUUUAUGGGAAAUAUGAUAGGAGGAGACACAUUAUAUGAAUUACGGACUUCAUUACAGCUAGCAGAGAUGGAGCUUUACGGACGAGUGUCUCCACGACUGUCACCUUUAGCAGACGUUAGAGACAUGGGUGCCUUAUUACAGCAGGCGAAAUUUAAUCUUCUCACAGUCGAUGUGGACGAUAUUAUUGUGAAUUAUCCCGACAUGUUUGCAUUAUUGGAAGACCUCCAGGCGAUGGGAGAAUCUAACGCAGUAAAAAUCCGACCAGCCACUAUCCCUAGAGAUAUGUUGAUGGCCGCGAAUGCUAUUUACAAGUCAAUGCAUGGGGACGAGGAUGGCACAAUUCCUGCUACAUUUAGAGUUAUUUAUAUGAUAGGAUGGAAGUCCAGCCCUAAUCAACAGAAACCACUAGAGAGAGGUUCGGGCCAGGUCAACCUCAAGGAUAUUUUGCCGCAACUGUAG